AUGUAUCCUGAAAAAUAUUCAUCAGAGUCAUCUGCGCCACCACCAUAUAAUACUGAUAUGCAAUUAAAUCAACAAUAUUGUCAGUCAUUGCCAACUUAUGAUACAACUAGUGACGAACGUAUGGCAAAUUUUAAACAUAUUGUUGAUCGUUAUGAAAUUAAUCAUACAUUUGCAACCAAAUUACGUGCACUUGAAGGAUAUGAAAUUGUAUUUAUUUGUGAUGAUUCAGGUUCCAUGAAUACACCACUCGCAGGCGACCUUUCCAGUCCUUUUGUUAAAGCACCAUCUCGAUGGGAUGAAUUAAAGCAAACUGUAUCAAUUGUUGUUGAUAUUGCUAGUGUCCUUGAUCCAGAUGGUGUUGAUAUUUAUUUUCUUAAUCGUGAACCUUUAUUUCAUGUUCGUAAUUCAUCAGAAUUGGUUCCUGUCUUUGCUGUUCGUCCAUCUGGUCCAACUCCAAUUGUCUCAGUUUUUCAACGUGUACUCCGUGAUAAACAACACGAACUAGAAGAACGUAAAUUAUUGAUACUUUUAGCAACCGAUGGUGAACCAACUGAUAAUCGAGGUCAUCGAGACAUUCAGUCAUUGGAAUAUGUUCUUAAACAUGAACGUAAACCUUCUCAUCGUAUACCUGUAACAAUUAUUGCUUGUACUGGUGAGAAAAAAUAA